AUGGAGGAGCUGGUGGGGCUUCGUGAGGGCUCCUCGGGGAACCCUGUGACUCUCCAGGAGCUCUGGGGCCCAUGUCCCCGCGUCCGCCGAGGCAUCCGAGGUGGCCUGGACUGGCUGAAGCAGAAGCUGUUCCGCGUGGGUGAGGACUGGUACUUCCUGACGGUCCUCGGGGUGCUCAUGGCCUUGAUCAGCUUCACCAUGAGCUUCGCCGUUGGCCGUGUGGUCCGAGCACACAAGUGGCUGUACCGGGAGGUCGGGGAUGGCCACCUCCUCCGGUAUCUCUCCUGGACCGUGUACCCCGUGGCCCUGGUCUCCUUCUCUUCAGGCUUCUCUCAGAGCAUCACACCCUUCUCAGGAGGUUCUGGAAUUCCGGAGCUGAAGACCAUCCUGUCAGGCGUGGUCUUGGAGGACUACCUGGACAUCAAGAACUUCGGGGCCAAGGUGGUGGGCCUCACCUGUACCCUGGCCAGCGGCAGCACCAUCUUCCUGGGCAAAGUGGGCCCCUUCGUGCACCUGUCUGUGAUGAUCGCUGCCUACCUGGGCCGGGUGCGCGCCAAGGCCACUGGGGAGUCCGAGAACAAGAGCAAGCCUAACGAAAUGCUGGUGGCCGCGGCGGCGGUGGGCGUGGCCACGGUGUUCGCAGCGCCCUUCAGCGGCGUCCUGUUCUGCAUCGAGGUCGUGUCCUCUCACUUCUCGGUCUGGGAUUACUGGAGGGGCUUCUUCGCGGCCACCUGCGGGGCCUUCAUGUUCCGCCUGCUGGCGGUCUUCAACAGCGAGCAGGAGACCAUCACCUCCCUCUACAAGACCAGUUUCCGGGUGGAUGUCCCCUUCGACCUGCCAGAAAUCUUCUUUUUCGUGGCGCUGGGGGCCAUCUGCGGCGUGGCGAGCUGCGCUUACCUCUUCUGCCAGCGAAAGUUUCUCGGCUUUGUCAAAACAAAUCCAGUCCUCUCCAAACUGAUGGCCACCAGCAAGCCUCUGUACUCAGCGCUGGCGGCUUUGGCCCUCGCCUCCAUCACCUACCCGCCUGGCGUGGGCCGCUUCAUGGCAUCUCGGCUGUCCAUGAAUGAGUAUCUGGACUCCCUGCUCGACGAUAACUCCUGGGCGCUGCUGACCCGGAACGCGUCCCCGCCCUGGCCCGUGGAGCCCGACCCCCAGAACCUGUGGUUCGAAUGGUGCCACCCACAGCUCACCAUCUUCGGGACCCUCGCUUUCUUCCUUGUUAUGAAGUUCUGGAUGCUGAUUCUGGCCACCACUAUCCCCAUGCCCGCCGGGUACUUCAUGCCCAUAUUUAUCUUCGGAGCUGCCAUUGGACGCCUCUUAGGAGAGGCCCUUUCUGUGGCCUUCCCCGAGGGCAUCGUGGCCGGAGGAGUCGCCAACCCCAUCAUGCCUGGGGGGUAUGCACUGGCAGGGGCUGCUGCUUUCUCAGGGGCCGUGACCCACAGCAUCUCCACCGCGCUGCUGGCCUUCGAGAUGACUGGUCAGAUCGUGCACGCGCUGCCCGUGCUGAUGGCAGUGCUGGCUGCCAACGCCAUCGCCCAGAGCUGCCAGCCCUCCUUCUACGACGGCACCAUCAUUGUCAAGAAGCUGCCAUACCUUCCGUGGAUCCGGGGCCGGAAAAUCAGCUCUCACCGGGUGACGGUGCAGCACUUCAUGAGCCGAGCCAUCACUACGCUGGCCAAGGACACACCGCAGGAGGAGGUGGUCAAGGUCGUGGCCUCCACAGAUGCGGCUGAGUAUCCCCUGGUGGCGAGCACAGAGUCCCAGAUUCUGGUGGGCACCGUGCAAAGGGCACAGCUGGUGCAGGCCCUCCAAGCUGAGCCGCCCUCCCUGGCUCCAGGACAGCAGCGGUGCCUCCAGGACAUCUUGGCUGAGGGUUGCCCUGUAGAGCCAGUGACCCUGAAGCUGUCUCCGGAGACCUCCUUGCACCAGGCACACAACCUCUUCGAGCUAUUGAAUCUUCAGUCCCUCUUUGUGACGUCUCAGGGCAGAGCUGUGGGCUUCGUGUCUUGGGUGGAGGUACCGUGGCCCCGAGGGUGAAACAAAGGGGAGCAGCCAAGCUUGAGCAGCCAUG